AUGAGACUGUCUACUGCCAACACCUCCGACCACGUCUUCCUCCUGCAAAAGUCCCUGUACGGACUUAAGCUGUUGCCUAGGGCUUGGUACCAGCGGUUUGCCGGCUUUGUUCAGCGCUCCGGCUUCACUGCUUCAAUCUCCGGCACGUCCCUCUUUGUUUACAAGGAGGGCGCCGACGUCGCCUACCUGCUGCUCUAUGUCGACGACAUCAUUUUGACUGCUUCGUCACCUGUUCUACUUCAGCGCAUCAUUCGGCUUCAUCACUCUGAGUUCGCCAUAACAGAUCUCGGGGAGCUCCAUCACUUCCUCGGGAUCUCUGUCACGUGGACCUCCGACGGCCUCUUCCUCUCCCAGCGACAGUAUGCCAUGGACCUGCUCAAGCGUGCCGGCAUGGCCAAGUGUCACUCUACAGCGACUCUUGUGGACACUCAGGCCAAGCUCUCAGCUAUGGAUGGUGCUCCGGUGGCGGAUGCUACCCAGUACCGCAGUCAGGCUGGCGCUCUACAGUACCUCACGCUAACUCGUCCGGACAUCGCCUAUGCCAUCCAGCUGGUUUGCCUCUUCAUGCAUGACCCGUGUGAGCCUCAUCUGGCGUUGCUCAAGCGUGUCCCCCAGUAUGUGAAGGGCACUCUGUUCACCGGGCUUCACCUUGGUGUUGGCGGCUUCGACAGUUUGAUCGCUUACUCUGAUGCUGAUUGGGCUGGAUGUUCGGACUCCUGGUGCUCCACUUCAGGCUACUGUGUCUUCCUCGGUGACAACUUAGUCUCUUGGUCCUCUAAACGACAAACUAUGGUUUCUCAUUCGAGUGCGGAGGCUGAGUAUCGUGCCGUUGCUCACGCUGUGGCUAAGACUUGUUGGCUCCGACAGCUGCUUCAGGAGCUCCAUGCGCCCAUUGCUUCAGCAACGAUCGUUUACUGUGACAACGUCAGCGCCGUCUAUAUGACUGCCAACCCAGUACAUCAUCGUCGCACGAAGCAUAUUGAGAUAGACAUCCACUUUGUUUGUGACAAAGUGGCCUUGGGACCGGUUCGAUUGCUCCAUGUCCCAUCGUCUCAUCAGUUCGCGGACAUCAUGACUAAAGGGUUACCUGUACAGUUGUUUCCUGAUUUUAGGUCUAGUCUCUGUGUUCGUGACACUCCCGCUUAG